GUGAGACUGAGAAGUGUUGUAAGGAAUGAAUACAUGCAUCACAGACACCAGCUCAUGACCGUGAUUCAGAUAUCAUAUUCCUUUUAUUUAAUUUAAUAUUAUUUAUAACUACAACCAACCGGAAGAGACAAACGUAUAGGAAUUUGGAUUUUUGUAUUCCAAUUGAAUUCUAGUGUGCAACAAUAUUAACAAUGUUUCGAUCAAUCCUAUGGCACAACCUUGGAAUCAUUCUUCAACUCUCAUUCUUUUUUGUUUUUCAGUGUAACAUCGCAAACUUGGAUGUGGUGUUGCCAGUUGUGUAUUCAACUUAUUUGGAAUCAUGCCUAUAAUGCUUGCUAAAUCAGAUUUAAUUUGUUUAACAAUGUUCAACUGAGUGAUUAUUAUUAUUAUUAUUAUUGCAGAGAAUAAUCCUGAAUCCUCUAUGGGAGCUCAGAACUCAUCAUUGUUUUUCUUCCUUGGAGGGAUAAUAGUGCUUAUCAUAUUGCUCAUUCUUCUCUUUGUCUAUUGGAUGAUUAUUAAACGGAGGUCACCACAAGAGGCAGAGGAGAAAAUGGAAAAGGAACCUUCAAUAAUGAGUCAACACCAAGCAGAUGAGGUGGUGAAGGUAACAUUUUCAAGCAAACAACAGCCAGGAUCAAUGGACUUCUUUAGUGGGAGCCUUGGGACAAUUAGUCACUUCAACUUGAACACAUUGAGAAGGGCAACAAGGAAUUUUCAUAGCAAAAAUCUUCUUGGAAGUGGUGGUUUUGGCCCUGUUUAUCAGGGAAAGUUGGCAGAUGGAAGGCUAGUUGCUGUUAAGCAAUUGUCUGCUGAGAAAUCCCAACAAGGAGAAAAAGAGUUCUUGGCAGAGGUGAGAUUAAUCACAAGCAUCCAACACAAGAAUCUUGUUCGCCUUCUUGGUUGUUGCACUGAUGGAUCUCAAAGGAUUCUUGUCUAUGAAUACAUGAAGAACACAAGUUUGGACCGCAUCCUAUAUGGAAAAAGUGACCAAUUCCUGGAUUGGAGCACUAGAUUCCAAAUUAUUCUUGGAGUGGCAAGGGGAUUGCAAUAUCUACAUGAGGAUUCGCAUUUGAGAAUUGUCCACAGAGAUAUCAAAGCAAGCAACAUUCUUCUUGAUGAAAAGUUUCAGCCAAAGAUUGGAGACUUUGGGCUAGCAAGAUUCUUUCCAGAAGAUCAAGCUUACCUUAGCACUCAAUUUGCUGGAACAUUAGGAUAUACGGCUCCUGAAUAUGCUAUUAGAGGAGAACUAUCAGAAAAGGCUGAUAUCUACAGUUUUGGAGUUCUUGUACUUGAAAUUAUAAGUUGCAGAAAAAAUACAGAUCUUACUUUACCAUCAGAAAUGCAAUACCUUCCUGAAUAUGCAUGGAAGCUUUAUGAGAAAUCAAUGGUGAUGGGACUGGUGGAUCCAAAGCUAAGGGAACAUGGAUUGGUGGAGAAGGAUGUGAUGAGAGCACUCCACGUGGCAUUCUUGUGCCUACAGCCUCAUGCAGGUCUGAGACCAGCCAUGUCAGAGAUCGUGGCACUGUUGACAUUCAAAGUUGAAAUGGUGUCAACACCAAUGAGGCCAUCUUUCUUUGAUCGGAGACCCAAGAAGCACGAUGAGGACAUGCCCUCUUGGGAAGCCAUAUCAGACACUUUCUCUGUUCCAAUCAUAAGUGAUUCUAAUCCUCCAACAUCUGAAGAUCACUGAUCAAACUAACAGGAACAGCUGUACUAUAUGUAUAUAUGAAAAUCUUUUUGGUAACAUUUGAAUGUAUUUUCAAUAAGAAUUUAAUUUUGAC